AUGGCUGCUGGUAAUGGUAGUAACUACAAGGCACGAUUAAAGAAAACUAGUUCGCUAUUUGAAUUACCGCCGUUUUCUGUGUCGUGGACUUCAUCAAGAUCGAAAAAGGGCGAAGAUGGGAAUAUAUCGAGCCUGCUUACUACUCCAUUACGAAGACCCAGAAGGGGGCCAGUUAGAAACUCUAGAGUGGAACAAGAAGAAAAGAUGCCAGAAAAAUCAGUCCCAACUCAGUAUGAUAUAGAUACGAAUGGCUUUGGAUUAGAUAACCCUAAUGAAGCUAAUAUUGCAUAUGAUUAUUCUCCUUUCAGUGACAAGAAGUCUUUAUGUAAGACCAGAAUUGAGAAUUAUCUCUUCAAUGAAAGAAGUUUGCAUGUCCUCACAUUUCAUAAACAUUUCCACACUAAUCUAGGAGAUAGUGAAUCGUUUAGGCCAGAUAUUCACUGGGACUGCGGUAACGAUGAUGAUGAGGCAGAAAAUGGUAGCAUUUUAAUAGAUUAUCCCGAAUCGUUCAAUUUUGAGAUAGGCGACCCCAAAAACAGACAUAAGGAGGUACUUAAGUUUUUGAAUUAUUCCAAUUUAUUCAAUGAAUAUAGUUACUCAGAGAAGCGUACGAGACACAGAGAUUUAUUAAAAGAACAUGAAGAGUUGAUUGCCCUGCGGAGAGAGCUUAAAGAAAACCCUAUUAAAUCAUUGGGAUCACUGGAAGAAAAAUGUCAUUAUAUUUAUAAGAAAGAUCAAUUAUCAAAACGAAAAAAGAGACUCUGA